CCUUUCAUUCCCUGCUGGCUGUUUCCAUCCGGGUCACGUCGCUCGUUCCAGUGUUUCUGACAGGAUUUUCUACGCCUCUUUUGGGCGAGUUUUUGAUCUUCCGCCCCUUACCACCGCCCCCAACUUCCCACACCCUUGCUGGCCCUGCCUUUUCUCGUGUGGUUCCUCCCCUACCGCUGAGCCCGGGAUUUAGAUCGCAAUCCGCAUCCGGAUCCGGGCCUAGCCCUUCCUCGGGCUACUCCUUUGACUCGGGCGGAAGCUGCGACCCAGCGCGCGGGGCCGUGGCUGCCCCGGCCUCGGAGCCCCUGGGCGGGCGGCGCCGGUCGCCUCUGCUUAGCCGUUCCCCAGCGACACUUCCUAGGACCAAAAGAGGAAGAUUGUUUUGGGACCCCUGCAUGGUGUUUCCAAGGGUGGUGAAGAACGAAGAUCUUUCUCCUGUGUUGUCUCCUGCUUCAGUUUUCCCAAACAUCUGGUUUCAAUCACCGGAGGCAACUACAAUUUUUUUUACCAUUUUCUGCUCAGAUCUGAGGCCCAGACCUGAACAUCCGGGUUCUUGCCUGAAGCAGGUAGAAGAAUACAUGUUCACUUUUAGUGAGCAAGAGCAUGUUCCCAAACUCAAUUUUGGGUCGCCCGCCUUUCACACCAAAUCAUCAACAACAUAGUAACUUCUUCGCCCUGUCACCAACUCUUUAUUCACACCAGCAGCUUAUAGAUGCACAGUUCAACUUUCAGAAUGCAGACUUGUCUAGAGCUGUGUCAUUACAACAGUUGACGUAUGGAAAUGUCAGUCCAAUACAGACCUCAGCUUCCCCAUUAUUUCGAGGAAGGAAGAGAUUAAGCGAUGAAAAAAACCUUCCUCUAGAUGGUAAACGGCAGCGUUUUCAUUCACCCCACCAAGAACCAACUAUAGUUAACCACAUAGUGCCUUUAUCAGGUGAAAGAAGAUACUCAAUGCCACCAUUGUUUCACACACACUAUGUACCCGAUAUUGUCAGAUGUGUUCCACCUUUUCGAGAAAUACCAUUUUUAGAGCCUAGAGAAAUCACGCUGCCUGAGGCCAAAGAUAAGUUGAGUCAACAGAUACUGGAAUUAUUUGAAGCAUGUCAGCAGCAACUAAGCGAUUUAAAGAAGAAAGAACUAUGUCGAACACAGCUGCAGAGAGAAAUUCAGCUGUUAUUUCCACAAAGCAGACUUUUUUUGGUUGGAUCUUCUUUAAAUGGAUUUGGUACCCGGACCAGUGAUGGUGAUUUAUGCCUAGUUGUUAAAGAGGAACCAUGUUUUUUUCAGGUAAACCAGAAGACUGAAGCACGGCAUAUACUCACCUUAGUCCAUAAACACUUCUGUACAAGACUUUCUGGCUACAUUGAGCGACCUCAGCUGAUUAGAGCAAAAGUGCCAAUUGUGAAGUUCAGAGAUAAAGUCAGUUGUGUGGAGUUUGACUUGAAUGUCAACAAUAUUGUUGGAAUAAGAAACACAUUCCUUCUCAGAACUUAUGCAUAUCUUGAAAAUCGAGUUCGUCCAUUAGUACUGGUGAUUAAGAAGUGGGCAAGUCACCAUGAGAUAAAUGAUGCCAGUCGUGGUACUUUAAGCAGCUAUAGUCUUGUAUUGAUGGUUUUGCACUAUUUACAAACCCUACCUGAACCCAUCCUUCCAUCCAUCCAAAAAAUUUACCCAGAAUCUUUUAGUCCCGCUGUGCAGCUGCACCUUGUACAUCAAACCCCAUGUAAUGUUCCUCCUUACCUCUCAAAAAAUGAAUCAAAUCUUGGAGACCUCUUACUGGGCUUUCUGAAAUAUUAUGCUACAGAAUUUGACUGGAAUAGUCAAAUGAUUUCAGUUCGUGAAGCCAAAGCCAUUCCCAGGCCUGAUGGUAUUGAAUGGAGAAAUAAAUACAUCUGUGUAGAAGAACCUUUUGAUGGAACAAAUACAGCCAGAGCUGUGCAUGAAAAGCAGAAAUUUGACAUGAUCAAGGAUCAAUUUUUAAAGUCAUGGCACAGAUUGAAAAACAAAAGAGAUUUGAACAGUAUACUACCUUUAAGAACUGCUGUCCUGAAAAGAUAACUGGCCUCUAUUUCUUAAUAAAAUUUUCUGAGAAAUAAAGAAUAGUAACAUCAGAAUACAUUUUGUUUACCUCCAUCAUGGUUUCUUUUUAAUUGCUCUUCUUGUUUUCAUGUUUUAUUUUUAAAUAGACAUACUUAUAUAAAGAUUGCAUAUUUUAUUAUGACAUUUCCUAAUAAAACACUUUGAUUUAAAGAUGUAUUUUUGAAAAUGUUUACAUUGAUGACCAGUAAUAUUAUGGCAUGAAUUUUCAGGAGAUCAGAUGAAAUAUUUUUGGGGGAAUUAACUGAACAAAUAAAAGGUUUUGAUAUAACUUCAAUUAAUUGUACUACAUGCUAUGAAGAACUCUGGAAUUUUGGAAAGAGUCUGAUUCAUCUAUACGUAAAUAAAACCCACAGUGAAUAAGUUUUUGCCUGAGUCUGUUCUAGUAAAGUGAAGAUUUAAGUCAGUUAUUCAGUUACUUGAAGCAAAAUAAAGUCUUUUAUUUCAGUGAAAUCACUGCAGAGGCAUGAAAUACUGAACAGAUGCCUUAAAUCUACACUUGACUCACCAGGAUAGACAGAAGCUUUGGGUAUAUCUAUACUAGCAUUUCAUUUGUACCUCAUAUGCUUUUGAUAUACUCAAGAUUGCUUUCAAUUUGUGUUGAAACAACUAUAUUUUGCACUGUAUUAAAGAAUCAGUUCAGUGUAGACAUUUUGAAAAUAUUAAGUUCCCUGUGCUUUAUGAUAGUUUAGUGCAAUGUGCACUUUUGCUUUACGUUUUGUUUUCUGGCUUUUACUUUCCCUAUGACACGAAGCAACAGAAACUGAAAGAUCAAAGUUAAGAUUAUAUCCUAUUGCUAGGGUUAGAUUUUUUUGUGUGUGUACAAUUAUAGGAUUUAAUCUAAACUGGAAUUUUUAGGCAGUAAGCCACUAUGAUAUGUUUUAGAAAAGACAUAACAGAAUUAUUAUAUAAAUAAAAACUUAAUGUUUAUAAAGGUAUCCUUUUUUAGUAUUUCUUUUCCACAUGAAGACGUAGUGGUGGCUGCUUAAAAAAAAAAAACUAGUUUUUUUUUUUUUGGUUUAUGUAAAUAAUUGUAAAUUGGCCAAUGCUUGUACAUUUAACUAUAAAAAGUUACCUGAAAACUGUUUUAACUUUUUCAAAAGGACUAUGUACAAAUUCUUUUAGACCUGCUGUAGCACAGUUUGUACCUCUAAUGUAUUUGGUUAUUUUGCAGACCAAUCCAAAUGCUAAGAUUUUGCUUUUCUUUGACAUGUAAAAGGUGCAUAUUUUCAUUUUCUUUUUUAAGUUUAAAUUUUUGUAUGAUGUCAAAAUGAAUAAAGUUUAUAUAUGGAAUUGGUGAUGUAUUUUUUUUGU